CUCUCCUAUUGGUUGACUCGUCCGGGAGGCGGAGCUAACUAGCAAACUGGGCCCUAGAGCUGAGGGCACUUAAAAAAGAGACGCAGUUGUGACGUACUUCCGGCGCGCUAGGCAGGCUAGACAUGGCUGCGUCUCAGCAGCAAGCUUCUGCGGCGGCUUCUGCCACUGGCGUGUCGGGUCCGGGUUCGGCUGGUGGGCCCGGUUCCCAGCAGCAGCCGCAACCGCCAGCACAACUGGUGGGGCCUGCCCAGAGUGGACUUUUGCAACAACAGCAACAGGACUUCGAUCCUGUGCAGCGCUACAAAAUGCUCAUCCCUCAACUGAAGGAGAGUCUACAGACUUUGAUGAAGGUUGCAGCCCAGAACUUGGUUCAGAACACUAACAUUGACAACGGACAAAAGAGCAGCGACGGACCCAUACAGCGCUUUGACAAAUGUCUGGAGGAGUUCUAUGCACUUUGUGACCAGCUGGAGCUUUGUCUGCGCCUGGCACACGAGUGCCUGUCACAGAGUUGUGACAGCGCCAAGCACUCUCCGACACUCGUGCCCACAGCCACAAAGCCCGACGCCGUGCAGCCCGACAGCCUACCCUACCCGCAGUACCUGGCGGUCAUCAAAGCCCAGAUUGCCUGUGCCAAGGACAUUCACACAGCCCUGCUGGACUGCGCCAACAAGGUCACGGGCAAAACACCUGCGCCCCCAACAGGCCCUGGGGGCGCUCUGUGAGCUGGCUGGGCGGGGAGUGGGGCGGGAGGUACUGGGGGAAUGAAGAGUAGCCUGGAAGCCA